AGUUCCACAAAUGGACUUCGAGUGUUACUAUAGUUAUCAUCUGAUUAGUGCUAGUUUUUUUCUGAUACGAUAUAUUGUGCCGGAUGACAAUAUUUGAGCAGAUAAAGAUCCGAAGAUCAAAAUUCUGCGAAGAAUUUCCCGAAAAAUGCGGGACAAAGGAAAAGGAUAUUCUGCUUUCAGAAGAGGAAAUAUUUAACUUAACUUUCGAAUUCAUGAAACGGGGCAAAAAGGAUCAACUCGGACAUCAAAUUAACGACAUGAUUGUAAGCUGUGAAUUUUCUGGUCAUCCAAAACUGAAGACAAAGAACUGCAUGGAAUAUUUCACUUAUCUCUAUGACCCUCAUCUUGGUAACUGCUACGCUUUCUCAUCUGGAGGUGGAUUGAGACCUAGGUUAUAUGUAACAGAACCAGACGCCUGGCAAGAAAUAAAAGAUAUGGAUCUAGUACUCAAUGUUGAGCACGAUGAGUACCUCGAUUACACCGGCGUAACGCCAGGACUUAUCAUCGCCAUGCAUGAAGAUAUGGCAUAUCCCCAGCUAUACGCUCAUGGCGUUCAUGUUUAUGCUGAUCACAGUUACAAUCUAGCAGUAGCAAAGGUAAGCGUAUACUUGCUUCCGCAACCUUACAAAUCCAACUGCACGGAUUAUAAUAAACUGCCUUUUCAUUCGUUAUCCAACAUGGAACUAACUCCACGGAUCUGUACUGUGGAAUGCGUCAUGUAUCACCAACGAAGAACUUGUCAGCACAGCUAUGUAACAGAUAACGUCGUCCUCUUCUCUGACGAAAUGCCCUAUGACCCGGACAAAGUAACAAAAGGUGAUAAACAAUGCGCCAUGUCUUUAUCGGAAGAUUAUAAAGAAUACUGCCGAUCACUUUGCAGUGUACCUUGUCA